UUUAUUUUGAAAAAUCAAACACAAGUGAAGGCACAGCGACCUUACUGUUUCGUCAAGUUUGCCGUGCGAAACAAGAAGGGAUGAACAUCUGAAUUACUUUCUUGGAAGCACGAUGCUGAACUUGAUUUUAAACUGAAGGACUCUACCUAUCACUGGGUGACACUGAUCGGGAAAACUCAUUUGGAACACGACACUUUUUCACCUUUUGGGGGGGGGGGCAGAAGUAACCUAUCACUGAAGUGACUAAAGGGGAAUAAUGGUGAUUUUGCGCCGUGCUCGGCCGCCUGCUUCCGCCCCAACCAGCAAUGAAUCUUGAUUCGCUCUCGCUGGCUUUGUCUCAAAUCAGCUAUCUGGUGGACAAUUUAACGAAGAAAAACUAUCGAGCCAGCCAGCAAGAAAUACAACAUAUUGUAAAUCGUCACGGUCCUGAGGCAGACAGGCAUCUACUACGCUGUCUCUUCUCCCAUGUGGAUUUCAGUGGCGAUGGUAAAAGCAGUGGCAAGGACUUUCACCAGACACAGUUUCUGAUCCAGGAGUGUGUGUCGCUGAUAUCAAAGCCAAACUUUAUCUCUACUUUGUGCUACGCCAUUGACAAUCCCCUGCACUAUCAGAAGAGUUUGAAGCCGUCGGCCCACCUAUUCACUCAACUGAGUAAAGUUCUUAAACUCAGCAAGGUCCAAGAGGUGAUAUUUGGACUUGCUUUGCUCAAUUCCAGCAACACAGACCUCCGUGGCUUUGCUGCACAGUUCAUCAAGCAGAAGCUUCCAGAUCUCUUGCGGUCUUACGUCGACGCUGAUCUUGGAGGAAACCAGGAAGGUGGCUUCCAAGACAUUGCCAUAGAGGUCUUGCACCUACUGCUCUCCCAUCUACUGUUUGGCCAGAAGGGAGCCAGUGGGGUAGGCCAGGAGCAGAUUGACGCCUUCCUCAAGACACUUUGCCGAGAUUUCCCCCAGGAGCGCUGCCCUGUGGUGCUCGCACCACUGCUGUACCCUGAAAAACGGGACAUUCUCAUGGACAGGAUUCUACCAGACUCAGGGGAGUUAGCUAAGACCAUGAUGGAGAGUUCUCUUGCAGAGUUCAUGCAAGAAGUUGGCUAUGGCUUCUGUGCUAGUGUGGACGAGUGCAGAAAUAUUAUCCUGCAGUAUGGGGUGAGGGAGGUGACAGCCAUCCAGGUAGCCAGGGUCCUGGGCAUGAUGGCUCGUACCCACUCUGGCCUGACAGAUGGUAUCCCACUACAGUCCAUCUCUGCUCCAGGAAGUGGCAUCUGGAGUGAUGGCAAGGAUAAAAACGAUGGCUCGCAGGUUCACACAUGGAAUGUUGAGGUUCUGAUUGACGUCGUCAAAGAAGUGAAUCCCAACUUGAACUUCAAAGAGGUGACGUAUGAACUGGACCACCCGGGCUUUAUAAUCCGGGACAGUAAAGGACUGCAAAUAGUGGUGUAUGGCAUUCAGAGGGGACUGGGCAUCGAGGUCUUCCCCGUCGAUCUCAUCUAUCGGCCAUGGAAGCACGCAGAGGGACAGCUGUCAUUCAUUCAGCACUCCCUGAUGAACCCAGAAAUGUUCUGUUUUGCCGAUUACGCCUGCCACACAGUGGCCACCGACAUCCUGAAGGCCCCACCAGAGGACGACAACCGGGAGAUUGCCACCUGGAAAAGCCUGGACCUGGUGGAGAGCCUGCUUCGACUCUCUGAGGUGGGACAGUACGAGCAGGUGAAGCAGCUGUUCAGCUUCCCGAUCAAACACUGCCCAGACAUGUUGGUGUUGGCCUUACUGCAGAUCUCCACAUCCUGGCACACACUGCGCCAUGAGCUCAUCUCAACCCUAAUGCCCAUCUUCCUGGGCAAUCACCCCAACUCUGCCAUUAUCCUGCACUACGCCUGGCAUGGACAGGGACAAUCUCCCUCUAUCCGUCAGCUCAUAAUGCACUCAAUGGCAGAGUGGUACAUGAGAGGGGAGCAGUAUGACCAAGCCAAGCUGUCACGCAUCCUGGAUGUGGCCCAGGACUUGAAGUCUUUAUCGAUGCUGCUGAAUGGUACGCCGUUUGCCUUUGUUAUUGACCUCGCUGCACUCGCCUCUCGCCGUGAAUACCUCAAACUUGAUAAAUGGCUGAAUGACAAAAUCAGAGAGCAUGGGGAACCUUUUAUCCAAGCGUGUGUAACAUUCCUGAAGAGGCGCUGCCCGUCCAUUAUGGGGGGUCUGGCCCCAGACAAGGACCAGCCCAAAAGUGCCCAGCUGCCGCCAGAGACCUUGGCCACCAUGCUGAUAUGUCUGCAGUCAUGUGCUGGGAGUGUGUCCCAGGAGUUGUCGGAGACGAUCCUGACCAUGGUUGCCAACUGCAGCAAUGUGAUGAACAAAGCUCGACAGCCGCCACCAGGAGUGAUGCCGAAGGGUCGUGCCCCCAGCACCAGCAGCCUGGAUGCCAUUUCACCUGUACAGAUGGACCCUCUGUCCGGCAUGAGUUCCUUGAAUUUGGGGGGCACUGCCACCUCCCACACUCAGAGCAUGCAGGGUUUCCCAACCUCACUGAGUUCAGCUUUUAGUAAUCCCCAGUCUCCAGCAAAGGCUUUUCCACCACUCACAAACCCAAACCCCAGCACCCCGUUUGGGGGCAUUGGCAGCCUGUCCUCGCAGCUUCCUGGUAUGGACUCUGGUCCAUUGGUCUCUGGUAUUGGCUCCAGCCUGGGAAUGCCAACAGUCAGCACUGACCCCUUUGGCACCAGGAAGAUGAGCACACCCGGCCUGAAUCCACCGACCUUUCAGCAGAGUAAGAUGAAGGCCUCUGAUCUUUCUCAGGUGUGGCCAGAGGCAAACCAGCACUUUAGUAAGGAGAUAGACGACGAAGCAAACAGUUACUUCCAACGCAUCUACAACCACCCACCUCACCCAACUAUGUCCGUCGAUGAAGUAUUGGAGAUGCUGCAGCGGUUCAAGGAUUCAUCCAUUAAGCGGGAACGAGAGGUGUUCAAUUGCAUGCUGAGGAAUUUGUUUGAGGAAUACCGGUUCUUCCCCCAGUACCCAGACAAGGAGCUGCACAUCACUGCCUGCCUUUUUGGUGGAAUUAUUGAGAAGGGUCUCGUCACCUACAUGGCCCUAGGUUUGGCUCUGCGAUACGUCCUCGAAGCCUUAAGAAAACCCUUUGGAUCAAAAAUGUAUUACUUUGGAAUUGCGGCCCUAGAUAAGUUCAAGAACAGACUAAAGGACUACCCACAGUAUUGUCAGCACCUGGCUUCAAUUGCCCACUUCUUGCAGUUCCCCCACCAUUUACAAGAGUGUGUGCAGUAUAUCGAGUAUGGCCAACAGUCACGGGACCCUCCGGUGAAGAUGCAAGGGUCCAUCACUACGCCUGGAAGCCUGGCUUUGGCACAGGUGCAGUCCCAGUCGCAUCAACCCGUGGGUCCCAAAGCGCCGCAGCCUGGUCAGCCCAGCACCCUCGUCACCACCACCACCACGACAACCACAGUAGCCAAGACCUCCACCAUCACAAGACCAACACCCAGCACCUUCAAGAAGGAUGUACCUCCUUCCAUUAACACUACCAACAUUGACACCCUGCUGGUGGCCACUGACCAAACGGAAAGGAUUGUGGAGCCUCCAGAGAAUGUUCAGGAGAAGAUAGCGUUCAUCUUUAACAACCUUUCUCAGUCCAACAUGACACAGAAGGUUGAGGAGUUGAAAGAGACUGUGAAGGAGGAGUUUAUGCCGUGGGUGUCUCAGUACCUGGUGAUGAAGCGUGUCAGCAUUGAGCCCAACUUCCAUAGUCUCUACUCCAACUUCCUGGACACUCUCAAGAACCCAGAGUUUGUCAAGAUGGUUCUCAACGAGACUUACAGAAACAUCAAGGUGCUCUUGACGUCAGACAAAGCUGCUGCCAAUUUCUCUGAUCGCUCUCUGCUGAAGAACCUGGGCCACUGGCUGGGCAUGAUUACACUGGCCAAAAACAAGCCUAUCCUCUAUACAGACCUGGAAGUCAAGUCUUUGCUACUGGAAGCCUAUGUGAAAGGUCAGCAGGAGUUGCUGUACGUGGUUCCCUUUGUGGCCAAAGUUUUGGAGUCAAGUCUACGCAGCAUGGUUUUCAGGCCCCAGAAUCCCUGGACUAUGGCCAUCAUGAAUGUCCUUGCUGAGCUUCACCAGGAACAUGACCUCAAGCUGAACUUGAAGUUUGAGAUUGAAGUUCUGUGUAAGAACUUGUCCUUGGACAUCAAUGACCUCAAGCCAGGAACCCUGCUGAAGGACAAGGAUAAGCUAAAGAACCUGGAGGAACAACUUUCUGCACCAAAGAAGGAGGCAAAGCCACCGGAAGAGCUGCUACCAGUCUCUACCACAGGAGACUUUGUUCCAUUUGCAGCUCCUCCCUCAACCCCAGCUGCCACCACCACCACAUGCACAACCACGGGGCCUCCGACACCACAGUUCAGUUACCAUGACAUCAAUGUGUACGCUUUGGCAGGCCUGGCUCCUCACAUCAACAUCAAUGUCAAUAUACCCCUGCUGCAGGCUCACCCUCAAUUGAAGCAGUGCGUUCGGCAGUCGGUAGAGCGAGCCGUUCAGGAGCUGGUUCAUCCUGUGGUGGACCGCUCCAUCAAGAUUGCCAUGACGACCUGUGAGCAGAUCAUCAGGAAGGACUUUGCCCUGGAUUCAGAGGAGUCGCGCAUGCGCGUCGCUGCCCACCACAUGAUGAGGAACCUGACCGCUGGCAUGGCCAUGAUCACCUGCCGUGAGCCGCUGCUCAUGAGCAUCGCCACCAAUCUGAAGAACAGCUUUGGUGCUGCUCUGAGGGCGCCGACGCCCCAACAGAGGGAAAUGAUGGAGGAGGCCGCAGCCCGCAUCGCUCAAGACAACUGUGAAUUAGCUUGCUGCUUCAUUCAGAAAACAGCCGUGGAGAAGGCUGGUCCUGAAAUGGACAAGAGACUGGCCACGGAGUUUGAGCUGAGAAAGCAUGCACGCCAAGAGGGAAGGCGUUACUGUGAUCCCGUUGUUCUGACGUACCAGGCCGAGCGUAUGCCCGAGCAGAUCAGACUCAAGGUGGGAGGAGUGGACCCCAAACAACUGGCCGUAUAUGAGGAGUUUGCCAGGAAUGUUCCAGGUUUCCUACCCAGUAAUGAUCUCUCACAACCCACUGGCUUCUUAGCUCAGCCCAUGAAGCAACAAGCGUGGGCCACAGAUGACGUGGCUCAGAUCUACGAUAAGUGCAUGGCCGACCUGGAGCAACAUCUACAUGCCAUCCCUCCCGCUCUUGCGAUGAACCCUUUGACCCAGGCAUUGCGCAGCCUGCUGGAGGCCGUGGCUUUGGCUAGAAACUCCAGGGACGGCAUCGCCGCACUUGGCCUGCUGCAGAAGGCUGUGGAAGGUCUUCUGGAUGCUACCAGUGGUGCUGAUGCCGACUUGCUGCUCCGCUACAGAGAAUGUCACCUGCUGGUGCUGAAAGCUCUGCAGGACGGCCGUGCCUAUGGACCACAGUGGUGCAAUAAGCAGAUCACCAGGUGUCUGAUUGAAUGCCGUGAUGAGUACAAAUACAACGUGGAGGCAGUGGAGCUUCUGAUCAGGAACCAUCUUGUGAACAUGCAGCAGUAUGAUCUGCACCUGGCACAGUCGAUGGAGAAUGGAUUGCACUACAUGGCAGUUGCGUUUGCCAUGCAGCUGGUGAAACUGCUGCUCGUGGAUGAGCGCAGUGUCAGUCACGUGACUGAGGCCGACCUGUUUCACACAAUCGAGACUUUAAUGAGGACUUGUGCACACUCCAGAGCCAACGCACCAGAGGGUCUUCCUCAGCUCAUGGACGUUGUUCGCUCCAACUAUGAAGCCAUGAUUGACCGGGCCCACGGCGGACCCAACUUUAUGAUGCACUCUGGGAUCUCACAGGCUUCAGAAUAUGACGAUCCUCCAGGCCUGCGGGAGAAGGCAGAGUACCUGUUGAGGGAAUGGGUGAACCUGUAUCACUCAGCUGCUGCUGGCAGAGACAGCACCAAAGCCUUCUCUGCCUUUGUUGGCCAGAUGCACCAGCAGGGCAUCUUGAAGACGGACGACCUGAUCACAAGGUUCUUCCGGCUGUGCACAGAGAUGUGUGUGGAGAUAAGCUAUCGCGCUCAGGCUGAGCAGCAGCACAACCCAGCAGCCAGUGCUGCCAUCAUCAGAGCCAAGUGUUACCACAACCUGGACGCUUUUGUCCGGCUCAUAGCUCUGCUGGUCAAGCACUCUGGAGAGGCCACCAACACGGUGACGAAAAUCAACCUCCUCAACAAGGUGCUGGGUAUCGUAGUUGGGGUGUUGAUCCAGGACCAUGACGUCCGUCAGACAGAAUUUCAGCAGCUUCCGUACCACCGCAUUUUCAUCAUGCUGCUGCUGGAGCUCAACGCUCCUGAACACGUUCUGGAGACCAUCAACUUCCAGACGCUCACCGCGUUCUGCAAUACCUUCCACAUCCUGAGGCCCACUAAAGCACCUGGCUUUGUUUACGCCUGGCUGGAGCUCAUCUCCCAUCGCAUCUUUAUUGCCAGGAUGCUUGCACACACCCCACAGCAGAAGGGUUGGCCCAUGUACGCACAGCUGCUGAUUGAUCUCUUCAAGUACCUGGCCCCUUUCCUGAGGAAUGUAGAGCUCAACAAACCUAUGCAAAUCCUCUACAAGGGUACACUGCGGGUGCUUCUGGUCCUGCUGCACGACUUCCCAGAAUUCCUGUGCGACUAUCAUUACGGCUUCUGCGAUGUCAUUCCACCCAACUGCAUCCAGCUCCGCAACCUCAUCCUCAGUGCCUUCCCACGCAACAUGAGGCUUCCUGAUCCUUUCACACCCAAUCUCAAGGUGGACAUGCUGAGUGAGAUCAACAUCGCUCCUCGUAUCCUCACCAACUUCACCGGUGUCAUGCCGUCUCAGUUCAAGAAGGAUCUGGACUCGUACCUGAAGACACGAUCACCAGUCACUUUCCUGUCAGAGCUGCGCAGCAACCUGCAGGUGUCAAAUGAGCCAGGAAAUCGGUACAACAUCCAGCUGAUCAACGCUCUAGUGCUGUACGUAGGCACGCAGGCCAUCGCUCACAUCCACAACAAGGGCAGCACCCCCUCCAUGAGCACCAUCACUCACUCUGCACACAUGGACAUCUUCCAGAACCUGGCUGUGGACCUGGACACCGAGGGACGUUACCUGUUCUUGAAUGCGAUAGCCAAUCAAUUGCGCUACCCGAACAGCCACACCCACUACUUCAGCUGCACCAUGCUGUAUCUGUUUGCUGAGGCCAACACUGAGGCCAUUCAGGAGCAGAUCACCAGGGUUCUGUUGGAGAGGCUGAUCGUGAACAGGCCACACCCAUGGGGUCUCCUCAUCACCUUCAUCGAGCUGAUUAAGAAUCCUGCCUUCAAGUUCUGGAGUCACGACUUUGUCCACUGUGCCCCCGAGAUUGAAAAGCUAUUCCAGUCUGUGGCCCAGUGCUGUAUGGGACAGAAACAGGCCCAGCAGGUGAUGGAGGGCACCGGUGCCAGUUAGCUGGCGAUAGCAGCCAGCUCACGGACUUGGGAGAGACGCCGCUGCCUCGACCCAACUCCCCCCCACCACACACACACACUUGCACCUCCCUCGUUACUGUCGGCACUGGAUAAACUGGCAACUACGGUCGUUUGAAAUGUGGAUGAAAGGACUACUGCUCAUGGAUCUGAACGAUUUAGAUUUUUGUUUAUCCCUCUGGGGCUGAGUUGAGACGGAGAGAAUGGGUUUGGACUUGCUGUUUAAUAUACUUUUUUUGAUGUAAAUAUUGAAGAAAAAAGAAAGGGAGAGUAAAUAAGUGAACAAUUCACAUGUCAAAUAAAGUGUAUCCUGACAUGUAGAGACAUGUAAUCAUAUUUUCACUCACUACCAAAGUCCUUGGUUUGCUUUCCUCCCACACAACUGUUUUUCUUUUCUUGUUUUUCUUUUCUUUUUUUGUGCUUCAAAGGCUGAAUGGUAGAUGAUUGAAGAUGAGAAAAAGCUGCCUGCUUCUUUGAUUUGAUUCAUUUUUAUCCCUGAGUGGGACAGGAAGACGCAGUCUAGUCUGCCAGGUGGGGUGGGGGCGGGGGUCAACUCCCGGUGUGUGUGUGUGUGUGUGUGUGUGUUGGUUGGUGGAGACAGUUUACUGAUGGUCUGUCCAUUUGGAACUGGCUCUGGAAGUCUAACCGCUCUCUCUCUGGCACUUGUAAAAUUGAGCAAAAGUGACGGCGACAUCAAAUCCUGACAAUUUGUACAAAGUUCCAAAUUGAAGAACAACAAUAGAAGGACCAAUACAGCCCAUUUUGUAAUGUUUUGAAUGUUUUUGUAAAUGUAUUGGUCCGUGUGUUGUAUUUUGUAGUCCUUUCUAGUUUGCCUUUAGUUCUUGCUACUUAACUGCAGUAUGCAUACAUACAGGAAAUAAAGCAUUCAAACUGCA